AUGGAAUUUCCUAACAAGGCAGAUAGCGAAGAAAUAUCGAAGAAUAUCAACAAGUUGCAAACACUGGUAAAGGAGCUCGGUCAAAAUCAGCAAAAUCCUGGUCGUUCUUCAGAGCUUGCUGACCGAAUAGCCAGCCUCGUACAAGACAUCAAUGGCUUGAAUUUUGAAGGAAAAGAGCACAAYUCAUUGUUAAUUCAAAUCCAUACUUGUGCCGUCACAUUAUGGAAUCUGGCUGUUGCGAUGAAAGCUGCCGGUAAAAACAGCAAGACUGUGAAUGCAAGACAGUGUGAAGAUUAUUCAAUGGCUGAGAAUUCCCUCCAGCUGGCUACAGAGUGUUGGAACAGCCUUAACGACAUAUGGUCAAAACCGGGACAAGAAAACAUUACGUCAGACCAAGAAAGGCAACGACUUGAAAGUGAACAAUACAUGUUCAGUGUCCACUGCUAUCGAGCUGAAGCGAAUGCAAGGUUGGCCAUUUUGUGCUAUAACUUUGGCGUCAGCACUUAUCACGGCAGGGAAUACAGAAAUUCCAUUGAAUGGCUAAAAGAAAGUUAUGAGUUUGGAAAGGGGAAAAAGCCGGUGGGGAACAAAAAACAGGCUAUCACGUUAAGACUAAUGGCUCGUGUGUACCUUGAUUGGGACAAGAAAGAACACCUACAGAAAGCUCUAAAUGCGGUUGGUCUCGCAAACUCGGAGUAUCCACACCCUGCAGGGCACUAUCUGAAGAUCGAGCUACUAAUGAUAGGAGAAACGCCUACAUCUUCAUUACAGCCAGUUCUCGAAGAGGCGUUGCGUCACCCAGACUUGAACGUUCAAAUGGGCUUAAACAUUGUUCAGCUUGCCAACCAGUACAAAAGGACAGAAACUGCUUUUGAUUGCCUAAGGAUGCUUGCCAGUAGAUUUCAGAACUCACCUGACUUGGCUAAAAUACAACUUGCGCACCUGGAGCUGCUUCUUAGCAACAAACAGACUCAAGAAGCUAAAGAACUAGUCGAAGAUUGCAUAACAGGCCACAACACAGGAAGACCACUAGAUGCUGAGAUGCGCAAGAUGUUCCACAUUCAUUUAUGGGAACAGGCAGCUACUAUGUACGAUAGUAAACAAUACCAAGAAGCCUUGGCAUGGUAUAACUAUUCUCAGAGUUUAUUCACUUCAGAAGAGAUGGAGGGCAACAAGAAUCUGGCAAAAUUACUGAGAAACAAGUGUUCAUGUCUCAUUAUGCUUGGAGAUUACGUCAAGGCCAAAGAAGCGGCAGUAGAGGCGCAUCGCAUCGAACCUGAGUCACCAAUCACGCAUUUCUUCCAGUUCAAAAUCGCAUUACUGCAAGGAGAGGACGAAAAAGCUAUCCAAGCCAUUUCCAAAAUGAAAGAAGUAGCUCCUCAGUCUCAGAAUAGUGACGUCAUGACUGAAUCUGAUGAUACGCACGCACUCAUUUGCCUUGCGGCUCAAUURUCUUUGGAGCAAAACAACCGUGACGUGGCAGUUCGAGCUCUGGAAAGCCUGAUACAGACGUCAUCAAGCACAAAACAGGUCAUCACUUCGAUAAGGUGUCUCAUUCGCCUGAGGCUGACGUUAUGCGAGAAUGAGAAAAGGAGAGAUCUCAGCUCUAUCCUUUUCUACUUAAAAACAGCAUUGGAGCGCGUAAAUCAAAUGUCACUUUAUGGCGACACUGCUCAAGUGCAAGCAGAAGCAACCUGGUUUAUGAAAAUUGCUUGGAACAUGGCAUUAGAAAGUUCAGAAGCCAGUCAAGAGAUGCGUGAAUUUUUCACGAUUUGUCACAAGUUUGCUGAUCUUUGUCCAGUCGAUGSAACCAACAUGACAAGACAGAAGAACUGUCUAUUAAUGGCAGCAGCUGCGUCCUUACAAAUUGCCAAGGAAAUUCCAGASGACGAGGAAAAGAAAAAUGUGCUCAAACAGGCUUUAACACACAUACAGGCCUGUCGUGAUCUUUGUAGACGAAUCAACGCCGGGAGACAGGYAUCAGGGCGUGAUGAUAUCGCCAUCUUGUUGACACUCUAUGAAUUCGAAUCGAAGGCAAAGCUGGGAGAAAGUGACGCUAGUCUGGAGUCAUGCCUUCAGAAGGCAAUAGCACUACCAUAUUGUGAAGCCAAGACGUUCGAAACUUUAGCAGCACUAGCAGUCGAACCGCCUGCCUUCUAUAAAGACAUCAGUAUGAAGUCACUUCGCCUUGCGGUGAAGAAGCACAAGAMUUCAAACAGUGUAGACUUCAACAAACUGAGUAAGGUUUAUCACAGUCUCAUUGAGAUGUCUCUAAACGCUGGUAGCAGUAGUGACGCCAACAGUAAAGAGGAGGCCUGGGGUAUCUAUCAGGAGAUACUAGAAUGUAUAGAUGACAAUGAAAAGGCAACCUACCCGGAAAUGGAAGCUAUAUGGCUGAUGACAAAAGCAUGGAACUGCGGGAUUCAUCUAUUUAGCUCUGGUCGGCUCAAAGCUGCCGAGAAGUGGUGCGCAACAGCUAUGCGACUAUUGCAGCAGUUGAAUGGCUUUAAAAACAACUACGAAUCUAAGAUGACAGGUGUUUACUCCGAAAUCUUAGACCGCAUUGAGAGAGCCUCAGUACAAGCUGUAGUCGAGGAAUAGAGACGAAAAACAACUUAAAACUUGGUAUACUUUUCUUAAAAUUCUCACUGGCUUGAGUAAUUUAWUUCUUAUAUACAUACUUUAAAAUUUUCUCGGUAAAAGAGGUAUAUAUUUUAAGUCUCGUCGUCCAGGCUUACCAUUACCAGAUUGUAAAGUAUUUUACCCUCUCAAAACAAAGUUUAUUCAUUCCUCACCAACUCACGUCUUUUUCUGUAAUGUGAGUUACU